AUGAAAGCAAUAACGGCAGCGGCGUGUCCACAGAACAGCAGCCAGCAGGCGGAACGCAGGUGCGCCAGUCGGACAACCGGCGCAGCGCGGGGUGGGUUCCUAGGCGGCUGCGCUGGCGCCACGAGCCCGGCGGCCCACAGCUCCAGCAGCGCGCCCUGGUGCCAGUGCUCCAGCAGGCCCGCUUGGCCCGCCAGCGCCACCAGCCGGUCAAGGCGCGAUGCCAGGCCAGCAGGCCGCCUACUCGCCACAAGGCUGCAGUACGCUGGCGCCAGCACCGGCUGCCCCACCACGUGCAGUCGAGGAAGCCACGACUCGUCCACGUUCUGCCACAGCCUAAAUGCGAGGUUGGCGUGGAGCACUCACCAGCAAGCGGAAGGCCGCGCAGGCGAGGAGCGUGGCGGCGAGCGCCAGCCAGACGGCGGGUUGCAGCGGCAGCGGCAGCAGGCGCUCCGCCGGCACCGCCUGCGACCGCCGCACCAGCAGGUGCACGUCGCAGCCCACGUGCGGGUACAGAGUCUCCAGCGGCGCCGCCUCCUCCGGGGAGAAGAGCCGCACGUGGGCCGACACGUGGGCGCGCCCGGACUCCAGGUCCGCCAAGUCGCCCGUGAAGGAGCCGUUUGUCAGCCGCAUCCCGACGUGCGUCGCGAACGGAUCCUCCGGGAACCGGGCGCGCAGCCCGAGGAACGGCGCCAGCUCCAGCAGGAUCGCGCUGUUGUGUCCGGCCGGCUCGUCCACUACCCUGUCUCCCACGGCGGUCUUCCUCAAGAAGACGCCAGCUGGAAGUGUCAUCGUGGCGGCGACCCUCAGUAAGCCGUCCUGAGGCUCAGCUGAAGUGGCAACUACUACGUGAUGCACCUCCACUGCUGUUUGCAUUCCCACUCUCGACAGUACGUCUUUCGAAAUCACGUUUCCCAUACCCCUUAUUUCCAUUCUAGGGCGUUCCUCUUCGUACUUGUGCAGAAAUAUGACUGUUGUAUUUUCAAAUCCGUCUUCAUGAAACCAUCGGAAUAACUCUUCUGCACAGCUGCUGUUAUUUGCUGACGAAUAGAUUGUCAGUAUUAAACCCCUUGUUAAACGGGACGCGAUAAUUCUACGGCGAUCGCUGCUGACGUACUUCAAAAUAUCUUCGACUUCAAAGAAGAUUACCACAUUCCAGUCCCUUGACCGAAUAACUACUUCAUUACUAAGUAAUCCAUUAACAAAAGAUGCAGUAUAAUUGUCAUGAAUAUCCUGAACCAGCAAAAGGGGCACAGUGAAAGCUCCGACAUUUACAUGGUUGCUGCACGCUCGAAAUACAUCUCCUAGAAAGCGCUGACCCCCAUCUCGCCUCGAAGCUCCCAAUAGCAUGUAUACAGCGUUACCUUCCUUUGGGAUUAAAAUCUCCUGAAUAAACUGACUUAAGGUUGUUAGCGUUAAAUCUGACUUGUAAGUUUGUUGCUCCAAAUGUGUUGUGCCUUUAUGGUAUAAGGUAACGACAACGUUUCGUCCAAAGCCUUCACUCUCACGAAGACAGACAAUGUACGUCAGCAGAAUGAACAUAGUACAAUGAUUUGAACCCUUGUAAAGCUCAGGUCUACCGGAAUACACAGACUUCAUAGCGAACUGUGGAUACAGAAGCCACACUUAUCAUCAUUCGUCUGCAGCAAACUGCUGCCGAAAUUCGUACUAAACAGUAUAAAUGCAGUAGGCUAGAAACAGCAGCUAAGUAAAGUAGUAAUUAUACUGAAGCUCCUUUUGAACAUCGACGACUAUUCUGUCCCUCUGCUUAUUGAAGAUAGUCCUUUCCCUUUCUCUCCUAUUUACAUAUGAAGGAAGCUAGCGUGUAACAUGGAUUUAAGAUUACAGCGAUGCUGAUAUUUUCUAUAUAUAUAUAUAAAACAUCGCCAGGUAGGAAAUUCACGUCAAGUGGGAAAAAAAGCCGCACGUUCGCCAGGAGAACGAAUCGGAAGUCUUGGAAUGUUAUGUUAGACAGUUCCUGAGCUAGAAAGAAAAGUGCUCACAAAAAAAUGAAAAAUUUCAGAUUAUCAGAAUUUGAAACUUUGUGAACCUUUCUCGUCUCUCUUCCUUAUCCCACUGUGAUGAGCUGUGAUGAUAACGCACUAAAAUAACUUAAAACCGAGAUUUUCAGUUUGUUAUUAUUCUUUGUCAUAGAAUACAGAGGUGUUACACUUGUUCAACAUUG